AUGAUAACCAAUCAAGAGAUGCCCAACUUAUGGGGAUUUAUCUGGCGCUGGAGAUUGCAGCGGCCGAAGAAAAUGUCCCGCAACAUUCCUUGUCGAACCUCACGUCUACAAGGCAGAUAUUACAUAGAGGAAGUUCUUGACAAUGACACAAGGUGUUACGAGAAUUUCAAGAUGAACCCUCACGUAUUUCAUAACCUGUGCGAUACGCUAAGAGCAAACUGUGGAAUCAGAAAUAGCAGGAAUGGUAUGACCGUCGAGGAGAUGGUCGGCAUGUUCUUAAUGGUAGUUGCACAUAGUACUCGCUUGGCCGUGGUUGCCGAACGAUUUCAGCAUUCUAAGGAGACGGUGUCACGAGUCAUCAAGGUAAUAGCUCAUGGAAUUCAUUCGUUGUCACCAACGUAUAUAAGACGGAGGAACGUUGAUGUGCAGCCGGAAAUUCAGAGUUGCCGAAAAUGGUACCCAUUCUUUCAGAAUUGCAUUGGAACAAUCGAUAGGACCCAUGUGUCUGCUUGUGUUCCAUCAUCGGUGAGAGGCGCGUAUCGCGAUCGGAAUAACGAGAUUACGCAAAAUGUACUCGCCGCUUGUUCGUAUGACAUGAUGUUCAUUUAUGUCGUCACUGGAUGGGAGGGUUCUGCUCAUGACACUCGAAUUCUCUCCAAUGCCGCUACAUUGGAAUUAUUUCCUGCACCAUAUGGCGAACAAUAUUAUGUAGUUGAUGCGGGAUUCCCUAAUAUUCCCGGUUAUCUGGCUCCUUACAAAGGCCAAAGGUAUCACCGCAGUGAUUAUAAUGACGACACCCCACCAACGACGGAGAAAGAGUUAUUCAAUCAGCGUCACGCAUCCGUUCGUAAUGUUAUCGAACGGUAUUUUGGGGUGCUGAAGAACAGAUUUGCAAUACUGCGGACAAUAUCAAAUUACGGCCCGAUUCGCCAAGGACAAAUUACUCUUGCAUGCUUCGUGUUGCACAAUUUCAUUCGGCUUAAUAAUUAUCACGAUAGAUUAUUCGAAGAGUAUGGAAAUGCAUGGGAAUAUUACGAUGAAUUCCGAAAUCCUCCACAUCUAACUGGGGAUCGGGUUGAUGUAGACAUGAGAAGCAGGGAAAUGGAUGCAUUACGUAAUCGUAUUGCAAAUGCAAUACGGAAUGCGGAAAUAAGAGGAAAUCGGUAA